AUGAAAAUGGCUAUGGAUGCCACAGAUAGCUCAAGACUUGGCUUAAACUUGAACUUGAGCGUGCAGCCUCAAUCAUAUCAUUGGAUUCAAUCACCUAAAGGUACUGAUGACGAGGAUGAGGAUGACCGUAGGAGAGUGGAUGACGAUUGUUCACCGGAAGAAGAACCGGAUAUCCUGGAAAUGCAGAGAGAAGAACGUGAAACCCUUAAUCAGUUGGCUCGGCGUUUGGCAAGUGGACCACAUGGACUGAUGGGAGGUCACACCGCGUCUAUGAUACAACAUUUGGUUUAUCGUCAUCCUAAUGGGAUGCCAAUAUCCGAUCAGAUCGUCAUGCCAAUACCUUCUAGACGACCGGCCAAUAUAGAAUCACCACCAGGAUCCAGUCGAUCAGGUGACACGCCUCUUGGUCAUGAAUAUGCACAGGAAAACGAAUCAUCUCUGUUAGCAAGAAAGGGUGAAGCACAAUCGUGGACUUUUGAAGAGCAGUUUAGACAGGUAUGA